CUACAAUGGAACGAUGGUUCUCUUGUGUUGUAACAAACAAUCGAAAUUGAAUUUGGAUAACUUUUCCGCAACAUUUAUGACUGAUAAGACGUGUAUGUGAAUUGAUAACAGCUUUUUGUGGUAAAAUCAUUUAGUCAAAAUUGAGUUUCGUUUACUUUCAAUUAACGCGAGUGACCGUAAAGUACACAAAAGUAGAUAAAUCACUUCGUGACUUUCAAUCGACUGAACAUUUUUUUUUAUUUUCCCUUUUUUUUACAACAUUUUUUUUGUUGCUUGUGUUAAACUUGAUGCUAAUUCGUCACCUUAAACGUAUACACUUGUAACAAUGUUCGAUUGCUCAAUUUUCGUUUGGAUUUUUAAGUCGAAUUAAAUCAGUGAAAAUUGUAACAAAAAUAGACUUUUUGUGAUCGCAUAAUACACCGUGAAACCAAAUCGAUAUUUAGUCGAGGCAAUGGUGCAAUAAAACAUUUACCAACAAGCAAAACUGAAUCAUAAACAUAAUGUCAGGCGGAAAGGACCGAAAGUCAAAGAAUAAAGCCCAAGGAUGGGAAGAGGCAGGCUCCGAAUUCUAUCAAGAGAGCUAUCCCACCGAUUUGGAAGGCGCAAUUCAAAAAGAUCCAUCGGCAAUUGCCACGUUACUUCCGUCGAAACAAAAUCGCUUCGCGACGACUCGUCGCGUACGUCCUGGACAGCAAGAUACCAAAACUGCGAAGAGGCGACAGAGUAGCACUACCGUUAAUAGACGAAAGAAUUCGACCGCACGACGAGGAUCUCAACACCAUGAAGUUCAAGUGGCAAUGCUACCAGAUUUGUCAGAAAAUCUCACCGACGAAGAACGUAUUUGGGAAGAGAUCCACGAAAUUAAAUCAAUGCCCGUACCAAUGGCUCAAAAGAAGGAAAUGAAAGCUCAAUUGCAGAAUGCAACCAAACUACGAUUGCAGGGAAUCGACCAGAUAAAGUGGCAACGGCGAAAAGCCUGGCAGCAGUUACAGACGAAAUGGAUUGAAUUUUACACGAAAAUGGAGCUGUGGCGCAAUUCGCUGAAAACGAUUGAAGGAAAUUUCGGCACUGGUGUCGUUGCGUACUUUCUGUUUCUGAGAUGGUUGAUGUUUUUGAAUUUGGCCAUUUUCGUGCUGAUAUUUUCGUUCGUUGUCAUCCCGCAGACUGUAUUGGAAGAACCCACCGACAAAGACUGUGAUCUUCUUAGUGAACCAAAUUCAACUGAAUGCUGUGCAGCUAGUUACAUGAACGACACGACAAACAAUGACUUCUUCAUACUGGACAUCAUACAAGGAACUGGCUUCAUGGAGAAGACCAUGAUGUUCUACGGUUUCUACACAAACAAAAUAUUCGGCUACAAUGCGUACGUGAACAGCAGCAUCAUUACGUUCGACAAUCAACUGUACUACGAUCUACCACUUGCAUACGUUACCGUCAGUGCGGCUUAUUUGCUAUUAUCAUUGAUAGCUAUUGUCAAGGCUGCGUCGAGGGAAUUCAAAGAUCGAUUGGUCGAAGGAGAAGGACAAUUUUACCAGUACUGUAAUCUGGUGUUCGGCGGUUGGGAUUUUUGCAUUCAUAACGAGAAAUCGGCAAACAUAAAGCACAAGGCAAUUUACAACGAAAUCAAAGGAUUGCUGCAAGCUAAACGAAUGGAAUUCGAGCGUCACAAUCGGUCCAAAGAGGUCAUGUUCAAAUUGAUAUCGAUUCGGUUGGCCGUGAAUCUUUUCGUUAUUCUGAUCCUGAUCUGUGCAGGCUUUGUCAUCUACCUGCUGUUCAGCUUGACGUUGGAUCACCUGAAUCCGACGAAUCAAUCAGCUAAGUCAUUGUUCACAACCUUCCCGGCAAUGUAUGCAUUUAGCAAUGGGUCAAACGGUGAAUUAAGUAGCCCGAAUGCAUCGCCGAUACGCAUGUACCGAGACAAUUCGAACGCUUCCAUCCAAGAUGUAAUGAUGAACUUAUUCUACGAAUUCCUGCCAUACUUAGCCAUCGUAUUUCUGAAUCUGGUUGUUCCCGUCGUCUUCAACUAUUUGGUUCAAUUUGAGCGAUAUUCACCGAAGUUUGUCAUCAAAAUAACGCUGUUGCGCACGGUGUUCUUGCGGCUGUCGUCGUUGGGAGUGUUGUUGAGCCGCUUUUACAUUCUAGUCAGUAGUGAUCAAGACGACAACGUUGACUGUGUUAAUAACAAGGAAGGGUCACUGGUAUGCUGGGAGACAUUCGUUGGUCAACAGUUUUACAAGCUGUUCAUAACCGAUUUUGUAACGCACAUCUUUGUCACAUUCUUCAUCAACUUUCCCCGCUCACUGCUUGCCAAACACUCGGACAAAAAAUUCGUGAAAUUCAUCGGCGAACAAGAAUUCGAACUGUCCAAACACGUUCUGGACGUAGUGUACUCCCAAACGCUGUGCUGGCUGGGAAGUUUCUAUGCUCCGUUCUUACCGGCUAUUGCAGUGGUGCUCAACUUUAUCAUGUUUUACAUCAAAAAAUUUGCCUGUCUCAUCAACAGCAAACCGUCGCCAAUUCUAUAUCGCGCAUCGCGUUCGAAUUCACUGUUCAUGUUCAUAUUGCUGCUAUCGUUUGUCGUCGCUGUGGUUCCAGUAGUGUACGCCGUCGCCGAAAUACUACCAUCCCGAUCGUGCGGUCCAUUCCGUGGACUGGAUUCCGUAUGGGAUGCGGCCAUAACAGCGUUCAUGAAACUUCCCGCAUUCUUUCAAAAUAUAAUUUUCUUCUUCGGAACGGCCGGUUUCGCCAUACCGUGUUUCGUUGUGCUCACGCUAUUCCUGUACUACUAUUAUGCUGUGUCGGCGGCCAAUAAGCAUAUGGUCGAGGUGCUAAAGAAUCAAUUAGUGCUCGAGGGUCACGACAAGCAGUUUCUGUUGAAUCGUUUGAGUUCGUUUCUGAAACAGCAACAGGAAUACCAGAAGAAAGUGCGUCAAGCCGAACACCAUCGGGGUGAGUAUAGGAACGAGGAGGCUUGAAAAUCGAUUUCUUUGUAUGGAAUUUUUGUUUAUUUGUAAUUUGUAUAAAUUGCGAGCAUUUAGGCGAAUAACAAAAACAAAUUUUAGAGAAAAGAAACGGAGGAAAAAGACAAAUUGUGAUGUUUUUACUGAUUUUAAUUUUAAUUUAAUUUAAUUUUUUUAAAUUUAAGGGAAGCCAUCUGUAAAUAUAAAUAUUUUUUGUAUUUAUUUUG